AUGCAACCUCUUAUCUUUUGCCUCCUUGCCAUUGCCUACCCUCUUGCUGCAGCAGCCGCAGGAGCAGCAGCAGCAGCAGCAGCAACAGCAACAGCAGCAGCAACAGCAACAGCAGCAGAAGCAACAACAGAAGCUGCCUCAAAAGAUCCAACCACCCUUCCCACAGGCGAACAAUGCGACGAGAAUGAAAGCUCAUUUGAUGCUUCUUCUGCUGCGCUCAAGCCAGCAGCUACCCCGCCUGCAGCAGCCCCCAGACACCUGCAGGCGUGGCGCUCUCGUGGGGGUAUGAGAACGCAGGGCUACUCCACUGGCUAUACUCCCAGCUACAGCAGCUCCUUCAGCUCCCCCACCUACGCAGUGCGCAGCAGCAGCAGCACCAGUGCGUACACCCCAACGUACAGCGGGUCCACGACGUACAGCCGCUCUAUGCCCAGCUACAGCAGCGGCGUCACCUACCCCUCCGCCUCCAGCAGCAGCACAACUUUCUACAGCAGCGGCAGCAGCGGCAGUACGUACAGUGGAACAACGUACACCGGAAGUAGCAGCAGCCCUUACAUGGGAACGACAUACAGUGCAAGCUCCCCAUACACCGGGAGUAUGUACACCUCAAGCAGCGGGAGUUCAUACACGGGAAGCAGCGGCAGUACAUACACUGGAAGUACAUUGGGCAGCUCCACCCCAUAUGCCUCAUAUUCGAGCGGGAGUUCUCGUCUAGGCAGCAGCAGCACCCCCUACAUCAGUGCCAGCAGCACUCCGUACAUUAGUAGCAGCAGCAGCCAGCCCACCUACAGUGGCGGGACCUACACGCGCUCAGCCCAACCAUACACUGCAGGCAGCACCACUACUACAAGCGGUGCUUACAGCAGCAGCUCUGUCGUGGGGGGAGGGCGAACCUUUAUGCCCAGCUCUUCCCCCUCCAGCAGCAGCAGCUACCAUAGUUCAGGCGGGGGCGUCAGAGGAUACCCUGCCACCCGCACAACCGGUGUUUCUGGUGUGCAGCCAAUGUACAGCAGCAGCAGCGGCACCAUCAGCAGCGGCACCCUCAGCAGCGGCACCAUCAGCAGCGGCACCAUCAGUAGCGGGACCAUCAGCAGCGGGACCAUCGGCAGCAGCACCAUCAGCAGCGGCAGCAUCAGCAGCGGUAGCAUCAGCAGCACCAGCGGCAGCAGCAGAGGCACAAUAGCUAGCCCUACAGGCUCCCAGAGUUACAGCAGAAGCAGCUCUGAAGGCGGAGGCAGCGCGUUGCGUGCGAGAUCCGGUGUACCGACAACGGGUUCCUCCUUCAGCAGCGGGAUGCAAAGGCAGCCUGCUGCACCGGCAGCAACUACUACAACACCCCUAGUGCGAACGGCAGCAGGAGCUGUCGGUACACCUGGAGCCAGCCCUAGCACACCAACACACUCCGCAAAUGCCGCUCUCCCCCGAGGAAUUACACCACCACCCGCCGACCCCACCCGAUCGAGAGGCAACAGCAGCUUCCGUGCUUUCGGUGGAGGCGCUGAAACUUCUCCUGUACAGAGAGGAGAUUCAGGAACAACUUAUUACUUGAGAGAGGCUGAUGGCUCCCUCACCCCUCUUGAACCUCCGCCAUACGAUCAAAUGAAACCAGACUCUUACUACACCGACCUCUACCUCACAGACAAACCCAUUCGGUUUGAAAACCAUACGAACAAGGAGCAGAAAUUCAAAAGAGAAUUGGAGAAGGCCCAUUUAACAAAUGUAGAGAGCGAAAAAGAACAACCGACUCAAGGCGUUAUGAGCCUUCCUGUUACGGAGGAGAAGAAAGGAGUGAUGGGGAGGUAG